GUUUGAAUCUUUAAGGUGUUGUAUUUAAUAAUUUGGAGUUGCUGACAAUGGUCUUGCUAAGUGGCAAUAACAAAAGUGUUUCGCAACAAACCAAUGAUGAGAGAUCCAAAGCACAAGGCGUUACAGCGAUUCACAAUUCGCAAGGAAACAAGAGCACUGAUGGUGGCCGAAUGCAGAGUUCGUUCGACACAAGCAUGAAUAAAGGAAUGACAAUAAUGGAUGAAUUCAAAUAUGGGUUUCCAUCACAAGGCUUGUCAACUACUUCAAAUAAAUGGUGGGGAAGUAGUGAUCAUGAUGACAGUGCAGGCACCAGUGGAAGCCGAGCCGAGUGUAAAAUUGAAGAAAGUGCCGCCGGGGAAGCAGAAAAGGUGGCAUCUGAAACUGGAAAUGCUGGAAGCAGCGAAAUUCCUCAAGGAGCGGCUUUGCUGAUGACCGUGCGCAAAAGAGCUGCAGAAGAAGGAAGAGAAGCGCUCAAGUUAGGCGUUUUCCAACGCUAUGGUGUAAACAAGCUAGGAAAAAGGGAGAAAACGCUGCUUCGCCGAAUAUUCAGAUCUUCAUUGCCAAGUUCUUGGAUACCUGAUUUGUAAUUUGGUGUGCCAGAAUUCGAAUUCUGGUGUUUGGAGCUAAUGACAUGAUAUGUGUAAGUGUAAUACUCUGGUGCUGAGGUUGCUGAGAUUGUAGUGACUAAUGAGAGAAUAUGAGAACCAAUUAGAUAAGAUUUGAUCAAAAUUAGUUACAGCUUUGAGUUAUUAACUAUGGACACAGAUUUUUUUCCCUUUCUUAAUGGAAAUUAAAAUGUUUAAUGGUAAAGGAAAAAUUUAGACAA